AUGGUAGCAUCUGCCUUGACUUUACUAACACUAGCAUUUGAGCGAUACAUCAUGGUCGAAGCGCCACUUAAAAGCCAGGAAUACCUGAUUCACUCACACGUAAGACUGGUCAUUGUCUACAUAUGGCUGAUUGCCAUGUGCGUGGCACUGCUUUCUCUUCUGAAUAGAUGCAACGAGGCAGAAUACAGGCUCAUAAUCACCGACUCAAUCGGAUUUCCAGUCAUGGCCCUCAUGUUUCUUAUAUACUCAAGGACAUUUCUCUUGGUGCGAAAAUGGAUUCGACAAGAUCUCGAUCUUUCUAUUUUAGAGAGUCAAAGAUUGCUAGGCAGUGACAAUCUUUCCGAAAACAUUCGUACGCGUGAAAGGCACAUCGCUUUUUCAGUGUUCUUGUUUGUUAGUGUUUUUGCCCUCUGCUGGACACCAUGUUUUGUUAUGAAAAUGUAUUUUACAAAUAUAGGAGAUCUCCCACUCUGGCAACUGCCGCAGAUUGGGUGA